GCGUGGGGCGCGGGCGCGAGCGCAGCGAAAGAACGAGUCGGGGCGUGGAGCCGGGCCCGGAGGCCGCGAGAGCACAGCGCCGCCCGCCAGCUAGGAAGGAGAGGGCAGUAGCAGGCAGCUGCCGCCCGUGAGACCGUCCGGCGCGCGCGUGUGUGCGCCCGAGCCUCGCCGGCCCGGCGCAGGAGGCCGCCACCGGGCGCAGCGGGCAGCCGGCGGGCAGGCAUGCCGCCACUCCUGGCGCCCCUGCUCUGCCUGGCGCUGCUGCCUGCGCUCGCCGCACGAGGCCUGCAAUGCUCCCACCCCGGCGAGAGCUGCUUGAAUGGCGGGAAGUGUGAAGUGCUUGCCAACGGCACUGAAGCCUGCGUCUGCAGCGGGGCCUUCGCGGGCCAGCGGUGCCAGGCGCCCAACCCCUGCCUCAGCGCCCCCUGCAAGAACGGCGGGACGUGCCGCACAGCGGACCGCGGUGGCAUGGUGGACUACGCCUGCAGCUGCCCCCUGGGCUUCUCUGGCCCCCUCUGCCUGACGCCCCAAGACAACGCCUGCCUUGCCAACCCCUGCCGCAAUGGCGGCACGUGCGACCUGGUCACGCUCACCGACUACAAGUGCCGCUGCCCCCCAGGCUGGUCAGGGAAGACGUGCCAGCAGGCUGACCCCUGCGCCUCCAACCCCUGUGCCAACGGCGGCCAGUGCCUGCCCUUCGAGGCCUCGUACAUCUGCGGCUGCCCAGCCGGCUUCCAUGGCCCCACCUGUAGGCAGGACGUCAACGAGUGCAGCCAGAACCCCGGGCUCUGCCGCAACGGCGGCACCUGCCACAAUGAGGUCGGCUCCUACCGCUGCGCCUGCCGCGCCACCCACACUGGCCCCCACUGCGAGCUGCCCUACGUGCCCUGCAGCCCCUCCCCCUGCCAGAAUGGAGGCACCUGCCGUCCCACGGGGGACACCACCCACGAGUGCGCCUGCCUGCCAGGCUUUACUGGCCAGAACUGCGAGGAAAAUAUCGACGACUGUCCAGGAAACAGCUGCAAGAACGGGGGCGCCUGCGUGGACGGCGUGAACACCUACAACUGCCGCUGCCCACCAGAGUGGACAGGUCAGUACUGCACCGAGGAUGUGGAUGAGUGCCAGCUCAUGCCCAACGCCUGCCAGAACGGUGGGACCUGCCACAACAGCCACGGGGGCUACAACUGUGUGUGCGUCAACGGCUGGACGGGCGAGGACUGCAGCGAGAACAUCGACGACUGUGCCAGCGCCUCCUGCUUUCACGGUGCCACCUGCCACGACCGGGUGGCCUCCUUCUACUGCGAGUGUCCCCACGGCCGCACAGGUCUGCUGUGCCACCUGAACGACGCCUGCAUCAGCAACCCCUGCAAUGAGGGCUCCAACUGCGACACCAACCCUGUCAACGGCAAGGCCAUCUGUACCUGCCCCUCGGGCUACACGGGCCCGGCCUGCAGCCAGGACGUGGACGAGUGCUCACUGGGUGCCAACCCCUGUGAACACGCGGGCAAGUGCAUCAACACUCUGGGCUCAUUCGAGUGCCAGUGUCUGCAGGGCUACAGUGGCCCGCGCUGUGAGAUCGAUGUCAACGAAUGCGUCUCGAACCCGUGUCAGAACGAUGCCACCUGUCUGGACCAGAUCGGGGAGUUCCAGUGCAUCUGCAUGCCCGGCUACGAGGGUGUGCACUGCGAGGUGAACACGGACGAGUGCGCCAGCAGCCCCUGCCUCCAGAACGGCCACUGCCUGGACAAGAUCAACGAGUUUGUGUGCGAGUGCCCCACGGGCUUCACUGGCCACCUGUGCCAGUAUGACGUGGAUGAAUGUGCGAGCACACCUUGCAAGAAUGGCGCCAAGUGUCUGGACGGGCCCAACACCUACACCUGCGUGUGCACAGAAGGCUACACGGGGCCCCACUGUGAGGUGGACAUCGACGAGUGCAGCCCCGACCCCUGCCACUACGGCUCCUGCAAGGACGGCGUGGCCACCUUCACCUGCCUGUGCCGGCCCGGCUACACGGGCCACCACUGCGAGACCAACAUCAACGAGUGCCACAGCCAGCCCUGCCACCACGGGGGCACCUGCCAGGACCGCGACAACGCCUACCUCUGCUUCUGCCUCAAGGGGACCACAGGACCCAACUGUGAGAUCAACCUGGACGACUGCGCCAGCAACCCCUGCGACUCGGGCACGUGUCUAGACAAGAUUGACGGCUACGAGUGUGCGUGCGAGCCAGGCUACACGGGGAGCAUGUGCAGCAUCAACAUUGAUGAGUGCGCGGGGAACCCCUGUCACAACGGGGGCACCUGUGAGGACGGCGUCAACAGCUUCACCUGCCGCUGCCCCGAGGGCUACCACGACCCCACCUGCCUGUCCGAGGUCAACGAGUGUAACAGCGACCCCUGCAUCCACGGGGCCUGCCGGGACAGCCUCAACGGAUACAAGUGUGACUGUGACCCUGGGUGGAGUGGGGCAAACUGUGACAUCAACAACAACGAGUGUGAGUCGAACCCAUGCGUCAACGGCGGCACCUGCAGAGACAUGACCAGCGGCUACGUGUGCACGUGCCGGGAAGGCUUCAGUGGCCCCAACUGCCAGACCAACAUCAACGAGUGCUCGUCCAACCCGUGUCUGAACCAGGGCACGUGUAUCGACGACGUGGCCGGGUACAAGUGCAACUGCCUGCUGCCCUACACAGGGGCCACAUGUGAGGUGGUGCUGGCCCCGUGUGCCCCCGGGCCCUGCAGAAAUGGUGGUGAGUGCAAGGAGUCUGAAGACUAUGAGAGCUUUUCCUGCGUCUGCCCCACGGGCUGGCAAGGGCAGACCUGUGAGAUCGACAUCAAUGAGUGCGUGAAGAGCCCGUGCCGCCACGGCGCCUCCUGCCAGAACACCAAUGGCGGCUACCGCUGCCACUGCCAGGCCGGCUACACGGGCCGCAACUGCGAGGCGGACAUUGAUGACUGCCGGCCGAACCCGUGCCACAACGGGGGCUCCUGCACAGACGGCAUCAACACGGCCUUCUGCGACUGCCUGCCUGGCUUCCAGGGUGCCUUCUGCGAGGAGGACAUCAACGAGUGUGCCAGCAACCCGUGCCGCAACGGCGCCAACUGCACCGACUGUGUGGACAGCUACACCUGCACCUGCCCCACGGGCUUCAGCGGGAUCCACUGCGAGAACAACACACCCGACUGCACGGAGAGCUCCUGCUUCAACGGCGGCACCUGCGUGGAUGGCAUCAACUCCUUCACCUGUCUGUGUCCUCCCGGCUUCACGGGCAGCUACUGCCAGCACGACGUCAACGAGUGUGACUCGCGGCCCUGCCUGCACGGCGGCACCUGCCAGGACAGCUACGGCACCUACAAGUGCACCUGCCCACAGGGCUACACCGGCCUCAACUGCCAGAGCCUUGUGCGCUGGUGCGACUCCUCGCCCUGCAAGAACGGCGGCAAGUGCUGGCAGACCAACACCCAGUACCGCUGUGAGUGCCACAGCGGCUGGACCGGCCUCUACUGCGACGUGCCCAGCGUUUCCUGCGAGGUGGCCGCACGGCUGCAAGACGUCAACGUUACCCACCUGUGCCGGAACGGAGGGCUUUGUAAGAACGAGGGCAACACACACCACUGCCACUGUCAGGCGGGCUACACGGGCAGCUACUGCGAGGACCAGGUGGACGAGUGCUCGCCCAGCCCCUGCCAGAAUGGGGCCACCUGCACUGACUACCCUGGCGGCUACUCCUGCGAGUGCGUGGCCGGCUACCACGGGGUGAACUGCUCUGAGGAGAUCAACGAGUGCCUGUCCCACCCAUGCCAGAAUGGGGGCACCUGCAUCGACCUCACCAACACCUACAAGUGUUCCUGUCCCCGGGGCACGCAGGGCGUGCACUGCGAGAUCAACGUGGACGACUGCAGCCCCCCCGUGGACCCCGUGUCUCGGGGCCCCAAGUGCUUUAACAACGGCACCUGUGUGGACCAGGUGGGCGGCUACAGCUGCACCUGCCCGCCCGGCUUCGUGGGUGAGCGCUGCGAGGGCGACGUUAACGAGUGUCUCUCCAACCCCUGCGACGCCCGAGGCACCCAGAACUGUGUGCAGCGUGUCAACGACUUCCACUGCGAGUGCCGCGCCGGCCACACCGGGCGCCGCUGCGAGUCGGUCAUCAAUGGCUGCAAGGGGAAGCCCUGCAAGAACGGGGGCACCUGCGCCGUGGCCUCCAACACGGCCCGCGGCUUCAUCUGCAGAUGUCCAGCGGGCUUCGAGGGCGCCACGUGUGAGAAUGACGCGCAGGCCUGCGGCAGCCUGCGCUGCCUCAACGGGGGCACCUGCAUCUCGGGCCCGCGCAGCCCCACCUGCCUGUGCCUGGGCCCCUUCACCGGCCCCGAGUGCCAGUUCCCGGCCAGCAGCCCCUGCGUGAGCGGCAACCCCUGCUACAACCAGGGCAGCUGCGAGCCCACGCCCGAGAGCCCUUUUUACCGUUGCCUGUGCCCCGCCAAGUUCAACGGGCUCCUGUGUCACAUCCUGGACUACAGCUUCGGGGGUGGCGUGGGCCUCGACAUCCCCCCGCCGCAGAUCGAGGAGGCCUGCGAGCUGCCCGAGUGCCGCGAGGAGGCCGGCAACAAGGUCUGCAGCCUCCGGUGCAACAACCACGCGUGCGGCUGGGACGGCGGCGACUGCUCCCUCAACUUCAACGACCCCUGGCAGAACUGCACGCAGUCGUUGCAGUGCUGGAAGUACUUCAGCAACGGCCACUGCGACAGCCAGUGCAACUCGGCCGGCUGCCUCUUUGACGCCUUCGACUGCCAGCGCGGGGAAGGCCAGUGCAACCCAUUGUACGACCAGUACUGCAAGGACCACUUCAGCGACGGGCACUGCGACCAGGGCUGCAACAGCGCUGAGUGCGAGUGGGAUGGUCUGGACUGCGCGGAGCACAUGCCCGAGCGCCUGGCGGCUGGCACGCUGGUGGUGGUGGUGCUGCUGCCGCCUGAACAGCUGCGCAACAGCUCAUUCCACUUCCUGCGGGAGCUCAGUCGCCUGCUGCACACCAAUGUGGUCUUCAAGCGCGACGCCAACGGCCAGCAGAUGAUCUUCCCCUACUACGGCCGCGAGGAGGAGCUGCGCAAGCACCCCAUCCGACGCUCUGUGGAUGGCUGGGCUGCGCCCGGCACACUGCUUGGCCAGGUGAAGACCUCGCUGCUCCCGGGCGGCGGGGGCGGGCGCCAGCGCAGGGAGCUGGACCCCAUGGACAUCCGCGGGUCCAUCGUCUACCUGGAAAUUGACAACCGGCAGUGUGUCCAGUCGUCCUCGCAGUGCUUCCAGAGCGCCACAGAUGUGGCCGCGUUCCUGGGCGCACUCGCCUCGCUGGGCAGCCUCAACAUCCCCUACAAGAUCGAGGCCGUGCAGAGUGAGAGCGUGGAGCCGCCCCCGCCCCCGCCGCUGCACUUCAUGUACGUGGCCGUGGCCGCCUUUGUCCUGCUCUUCUUCGUGGGCUGCGGGGUGCUGCUGUCCCGCAAGCGACGGCGGCAGCAUGGGCAGCUCUGGUUCCCCGAGGGCUUCAAGGUGUCGGAGGCCAGCAAGAAGAAGCGGCGGGAGCCCCUGGGCGAGGACUCCGUGGGCCUCAAGCCCCUGAAGAACGCCUCGGACGGUGCCCUCAUGGACGACAACCAGAACGAGUGGGGUGAUGAGGACCUGGAGACCAAGAAGUUCCGGUUUGAGGAGCCGGUGGUUCUUCCCGACCUGGACGACCAGACAGACCACCGGCAGUGGACCCAGCAGCACCUGGACGCCGCUGAUCUGCGCGUGUCUGCCAUGGCCCCCACGCCACCCCAGGGCGAGGCUGAUGCCGACUGCAUGGAUGUCAACGUCCGCGGCCCAGAUGGCUUCACGCCCCUCAUGAUCGCCUCCUGCAGCGGAGGGGGCCUGGAGACCGGCAACAGCGAAGAGGAGGAGGAUGCACCGGCCGUCAUCUCGGACUUCAUCUACCAGGGCGCCAGUCUGCACAACCAGACCGACCGCACCGGAGAGACUGCCCUGCACCUGGCCGCCCGCUACUCACGCUCCGACGCGGCCAAGCGCCUGCUGGAGGCCAGCGCCGAUGCCAACAUUCAGGACAACAUGGGGCGCACCCCACUGCAUGCGGCCGUGUCUGCCGAUGCGCAGGGCGUCUUCCAGAUCCUGAUCCGGAACCGAGCCACAGACCUGGACGCCCGCAUGCAUGACGGCACCACGCCACUGAUCCUGGCUGCCCGCCUGGCUGUGGAGGGCAUGCUGGAAGACCUCAUUAACUCGCAUGCCGACGUCAACGCCGUGGACGACCUGGGCAAGUCCGCCCUGCACUGGGCCGCCGCAGUGAACAACGUGGAGGCUGCCAUCGUGCUCCUGAAGAAUGGGGCCAACAAGGACAUGCAGAACAACAAGGAGGAGACACCUCUGUUCCUGGCCGCCCGGGAGGGCAGCUACGAGACCGCCAAGGUGCUGCUGGAUCACUUUGCCAACCGGGACAUCACCGACCACAUGGACCGCCUGCCACGCGACAUCGCGCAGGAGCGCAUGCACCACGACAUCGUGCGGCUGCUGGAUGAGUGCAGCCUGGUGCGCAGCCCGCAGCUGCACGGCGCCACCCUGGGCGGCACGCCCACCCUGUCACCCCCACUCUGCUCACCCAACGGCUACCUGGGCAACCUCAAGCCGACCGUGCAGGGUAAGAAGGCCCGCAAGCCCAGCACCAAGGGCCUGGCCUGCGGCGGCAAGGAGGCAAAGGACCUCAAAGCACGGAGGAAGAAGUCCCAGGAUGGCAAGGGCUGCCUGCUGGAUGGCUCGAGUGUGCUGUCGCCCGUGGACUCCCUCGAGUCGCCUCACGGCUACCUGUCGGACGUGGCCUCCCCGCCCCUGAUGCCCUCCCCGUUCCAGCAGUCUCCAUCUAUGCCCCUCAACCACCUGCCCGGCAUGCCUGACACCCACCUGGGUGUCAGCCACCUGAGCGUGGCGGCCAAGCCCGACAUGGCAGCGCUGGGCGGGGGUGGCCGACUGGCCUUCGAAGCAGGUGCCCCGCGCCUCUCCCACCUGCCCGUGGCCUCCAGUACCAGCACGGUCCUGGGUACCGGCGGCAGCAGUGGGGUUGUGAAUUUCACCGUGGGUGGGGCCACGGGCUUGAGUGGCCAGUGUGAGUGGCUGUCCCGGCUGCAGAACGGCCUGGUGCCCAACCAGUACAACCCGCUGCGAGGGAGCGUGGCGCCAAGCACCCUGAGCACGCAGGCCCCCGCCCUGCCGCAUAGCAUGAUGGGCCCACUGCACGGUGGCCUCCCCGCCACUGCCCUGUCCCAGAUGAUGAGCUACCAGGCCCUGCCCACCACACGGCUGACCACCCAGCCUCACCUGGUGCAGACCCAGCAGCUACAGCAGGUACAGCAGCAGCAGCAGCAGCAAAACUUACAGAUGCAGCAGCAACAGCAAAAUUUACAGAUGCAGCAGCAGAGCAUGCAGCCGCAGCAAAACCUGCAGCCGCAGCCGCCCCAGCCGCACCUCAGCGUGAGCUCGGCUGCCAACAGCCACAUGGGCCGGAGCUUCCUGGGUGGAGAGCCGAGCCAGGCGGACGUGCAGCCGCUGGGCCCCAGCAGCCUGGCAGUGCACACCAUCCUGCAGCAGGACAGCCAGGUCCUGCCCACGUCACUGCCGUCCUCGCUGGCCCCGCCCAUGACCACCGCCCAGUUCCUGACGCCGCCCUCCCAGCACAGUUACUCCUCCUCGCCCGUGGACAACACCCCCAGCCACCAGCUGCAGGUGCCCGAGCAUCCCUUCCUCACCCCGUCCCCCGAGUCUCCCGACCAGUGGUCCAGCUCGUCGCCACAUUCCAACAUCUCCGAUUGGUCCGAGGGCAUCUCCAGCCCGCCCACCAGCAUGCAGUCCCAGAUCGCCCACAUUCCGGAGGCCUUCAAGUAAACAGCCGGCGCCCUCCCGGGACCCCGAGCUUCCUUUCCCAAGCCUCGCUGGGGUGUUUGUGUGCGCUCCGCAGACGUCGGGACCCACCAAAGGAGGUUUUUUUUUUUUUAAGAAACGUGUUUUUAUACAAAAUAAGAGAACAUGGAUUUUAAUUUUUUUUUUUAGUAUUUAUUUAUGUACUUUUAUUUUACAUGGAAACACUGCCUUUUUAUUUAUAUGUACUGUUUUCUAUGGCACCAGGUAGCGAGUUUUAUCUGUUCCAAGAAAAUAAAGUAGUUCUCAGUUUUGA